AUGUUGGCGUUCGCCACACCAACGACGCAGUCUUCCCUCGUGUUCAAGUCGACCAGUAGUCUCAGCAGCAGGGAGCGUCUCGACGUCGGACGCUCGGCUUCCCGGAUCCUGCCUCGUCUAUACCUCUCUAAUCUUCUCACAGCAGAAGACGAAGCAGAGCUCUCAUCUCUGAGAAUAACUCAUGUCGUCUCUGUCCUCGAGAUCGCCCCAAAAUUCCCUCCAUCCAUGUCUCACCUGAAGAUAUUGCAUAUACCAAUUGAGGAUUCGGCGAAAACCGACAUUCUGCAGUACCUGGAGCAGACCACGCACUACAUCAAGUCGGCUCUGGAGGAAGAUGAGAAGAACGCAGUGCUGGUUCACUGCUUUAUGGGCAUGUCGCGUUCUGCGACCGUUGUCUGCGCGUACUUGAUUGCCACAACAGAUAUGUUACCCUCGGACGCUGUCCAGUUCGUUAGAGACAGGCGGAGUAUAGUGUGCCUCAAUAUCGGGUUCCGAGAUCAGCUGGAGACCUACGCUGCCAAGUUUUGUGGGAAGGGGCAGAAAGCUAGAGGGAGAUAUUUUAAGGUGAACGUGGGAGUGAUAGAGCGAAUUAUGUUCUGGAAGGGAGGGGCUCGCAUCGAAGCGAAGGAGCGGGAAGGGGCACAUCCACUGUCUCUAACCUGA